AUGUCGUCCAUCUCGAUUGCGACCCUCCCACGCAUGACGCGCGAUACUCUCGCUGCUCUCCUCACUGCCGGAACCAAUAAAGUAGUAGUCGUCGACGUCCGCGAUUCAGACCACGUUGGCGGCCACAUCAAAUCAUCAACCUGGGUCCCCAGCUCCUCUCUCGACGUCCGCCUACCAGAGCUCCUGCGCACCCUCCAAGAUAAGGAGAAAGUGGUCUUCCACUGUGCUCUGAGCCAGCAGCGAGGUCCUUCUGCGGCGCUUCGCUAUGCCCGUGAGCGUGAGCGCACUCUUAGUGCUGAGGAAUUUGAGAAGCAAGAGGUUUAUGUUCUUACUGGCGGGUUUACGGAGUGGCAGGAGAAGUAUGGCAAAGAUGAGAAUUUGACCGAGGCGUAUGCCGAGGAUAUCUGGCAGUAUGAGUGA